AUGGUCAGACAUCAAAUUUUAAGGAAGAUACCUGGUGCUCUGCUUGUGAAUGACUGUUAUGUUACAUGUGCAAAUGCCAUAUCGCCAGAUAAUGUAAUUGGCAUGCAUUUUAUGAAUCCUCCUCCUAUAAUGAAACUUGUUGAGCUUAUUAGAGGUGCAGAUACAUCAGAUGAUACGCUUAAUGUGACAAAAUCCUUGGCAGAGAGGUUUGGCAAGACAGUUAUUUGCUCUCAGGAUUAUGCUGGCUUCAUUGUAAACCGAAUCCUUAUGCCAAUGAUAAAUGAAGCAUUUCAUGCGCUAUAUACUGGCGUGGCUACAAAAGAAGACAUCGAUACAGGCAUGAAGCUAGGAACAAACCACCCCAUGGGUCCUCUACAGCUUGCAGAUUUCAUUGGAUUGGAUAUUUGCUUGUCGAUAAUGAAAGUUCUUCAUGCUGGUCUAGGGGACAGUAAAUACGUGCCAUGCCCUCUUCUUGUGCAGUAUGUUGAUGCUGGUCGCCUUGGUAGAAAACGAGGUAUUGGUGUGUACAAUUACCAUCAACCUCGACUUUGAACUGUUAGCAGCAUGAGAAUAAUGAUAGUCUCAAAAAAUAAAAUGCCUUUGUUCAUAUUAUCGAUGGUUCGUAUUAAAGAAAUUGUGCCACAAAUCCUGCAACCGAGAAGCACAUCAUGGCAUUUUUUGUCUCAUUGCACGUUAAGUUGGUAUCCAUGGUUGUGAGGUAAGAUAUUAGAAAUGGAAUCUGUAAUUUUAGGGGAUGUAUGUUGCAUCCCAUAUACUCCAAGGUUCACAUAUUAAUGUUAUUUGGAUCUAAAAAUUUGAUUUCAUUUGUUGACUUGAUUCAUAAUGAUUUUUGAAUUGACUGUAAUCAUAUCAAACAUUGAAAUUUACUCUUUAUCUAAUGAAGUUACA